CUGGAAUAUAUUUUCACUUUUUUUCAUAACUAUUUUAGGACGUCGCUGGUCUUCAUGCAUGUAAACAAGAAGUUAUGGAGUUUGUUUCUUAUCUAAAAAAUCCUCAAAAGUAUCAAGCGUUAGGAGCUAAGUUACCAAAGGGGGCACUCCUACUUGGUCCACCGGGAACUGGAAAAACUUUGCUUGUUAAAGCAUUGGCCAAUGAAGCGGAAGUACCUUUCUUUUCAAUGGCUGGACCACAAUUUGUAGAGGUUGUCGGUGGACUUGGUGCUCUUCGAUUACGACAGCUUUUCAAAAUGAGCUCGAUUCCCUUGGUCGACGUCGUGAUUCUGGUGAUCAGAGAGAGGGUGGUGGUGGUGUAUCUGAGAUGGAACAGACACUGAAUCAACUACUUGUAGAAAUGGAUGGAAUGGAUACAACUGAAGGUGUUAUUGUAUUUGGAGCGACAAAUCGAGCUGACUUGUUAGAUAGAGCUCUGUUACGUGCAGGACGAUUUGACAGACAUAUUUUUAUUAAUUUACCAAAUCUAUCUGAACGUAAAGAAAUAUUUGCUGUAUACCUUGCUAAAUAUCAACUUGCUCCUGAUGUUGUACAAAAUGAACUUGUUGAACGUUUAUCAGCCUGGUGUCCCGGAAUGUCUGGAGCCGAUAUUGCACGUCUAUGCAAUGAAGCUGCUUUGUCUGCUGCUCGAAGAGAUGAUAAAGUUGUUGGUGUUACUAAAGCUGAUUUUGAAGCAGCACUUGAAAGAAUAGUAGCAGGUUGUUUUUUUGCCUGUAGAUAUUUAAUUAUAGUUAGCUGUUUUAAACUUUUUUUUCCGCGGAUUUCCUAACGGUUUCUUUUUUUAUACUUUGUAUGAAAAAUGUCUAAAUUCUUGCUAAUAAGUUGGCUAGUUUUGUUUCUACAUUUUUGAGUAAUCAGUUUACCUUUUAGUGCUUAUCAUCGACAGAUUACUAUACUGUUUCAGAUUUUAAUAAAAACAAUCUUUAAUAGAAAUAAGUUUAUUUAGUCUAAAGAAUAUUACGUAUAAAAUAAUUUUUCAUGACUAAUGACUUUAUUCUCAUUGUGUAGGCGCUGCAAAACAUUCAAAUCCACUUACGGUUGCUGAACGCCACAUGUCUGCUGUCCAUGAAUCUGGUAGGGCUCUUGUAGCAUGGCUUCUUUCAGAUAGUGGAGUACUACCUAUAAAAGUCUCAAUUAUACCGCGUACGGUUUCUGGUCCAGAUACUGUUGGAGAUCUGGGUUUUACUCAAUUAAUAUCAGAAGAAAAAUAUUUACUUAAUACUGAUGAUCUAGCUGAUCGUAUGUCUGUAUUACUGGGUGGUAGAGCGGCUGAGCAUGUUGUAUACAAUGCAAUUUCAGAUGGUUAGUUCAUUUUGUGUGUUUCCCGUUAGAAUACAUUUUUUUCAGUGUAUAUCUGUUCAUUGUCUGAAUAUUAGACACUAGUUUUUAUCUUGCUAAAGCUUCAGUGUAACUUUAUCACGCACGUACUAUUACUAGUUAAAUUCAUACAUCACAAUGUUUAUUGUGAAAUUAACAAUCCAAUAAUAGAAUACUUUAUUUGAUCUUGUUAUGUAGGUGUUCAGUAAUUGCUAAGUUGAAAUUUCUGAUCGUCAAAGUCAAUGAAUAAAAUGCUAAUCGAUAAAUAAACGGGAUGAUAUGAUUUGACCAAGUGAUUUGAGUCCGUGAAUGGUUAGAAAUCUAAGAGAGGACCACUAGACAAAUGCAUUUCUUAAAAGUAAUAAAAUAACGUGAUUAUAUACAAAAUACUGACGCAAAGUAAACAUGAUAGGAUGUUAUUAAUAAUUAGAAGAAAUUUACUUGUAGGUCACUCAUUCUCCGAUUAAUUAAGACGUAACUGUUAGGCUUAGUCUUUAGGCAUCGUAUCAAAUCACUUAGUUAUCAAGCACGAAUUUAUACACUUGACAUUUAAACUAUUAGUUUUAUGUGAUUGCUAGUAAUGCUGUACAACUACAAAGUCUAAUGUAAGUCGGGCGAGAUACGAACUUUGAACCUGAUGGUUGGAAGUCGAUUGCUUUAAUACCUACCUACGUUACCGAUCUACAUUCUGUUUAACCACCACAAACGAUGUUAUAGAUGUUCUGGUGAUUUUGACUGAGUUGAUAUGUUUUCACCUCACAUUUACUGGGAUUCGAAAAUCUGGGUGUGAAAUAGGAUACAAUUCAGACAUAUUUUUAUAAAUAUAGGCACGAACAAAUUAAGAAAGCGCUUUUAGGUUCCUCAAACUUAGAUCAUCUGCAGAGUAGGCAAGAUUACCCAUCUAACAACUAAGAAACGAGUAAACUGCUCAAUAGUUUGCCGUUUUAUUUUAUGGUACUUAAUUGUGGCAUUUAAAAGUAUAGAAAGUCCACCGCUUACUAGUAUUUCGUUUUAUGUAUCUUCAAACCAUCACUCGUAUAUGUCGAAGCCACUUGAUGACUAAUGUUGAGAUCAGACUGAUACUAGACAAGAAUGACGUAUCUGUUGAUGAUGUUGUGAAUCUUCAUCGACUGACGUGGUUGGGAUGUGUAUUGCGCAGACUUAAUCACCUCCUAUCUCGACUGACGAUGUCGGCUGGUUUCGUCGACUGUUGGACUAAUGUGCGUUAGUAGGUAUAGACUAUCUGGUCGGGGUCCUCAAAAUUAUCAUGAUCAAUAGUUGUAAACGCUAAGUGACAUGACAUAGAAUCGGUCACAGGUGGUUUCACUCUUUUUCUAUAUCUAGCUAGGUUCAGAGUUUCAAGAUCAUAUUAUACUUUUCCGUCCCAUCAAUUCACUCAUAUAAUCUAUGCUUGGUCUUUUCUACUAAUACGUACUGUUACUACUGUCACUACUCUGGAACUUGUCCUGAUAAUUUCAUCUCACUGUUCUGAUAUGGUACGGAAACUGGAGCCAAUACAUAUUUGUGCCAGGUUGUAUCUUACUUAUGCCUGUCAGAAAAUAGUUUAUUCUAUAUUUUGACCUUCUAAUGAAUUGUCAAUAAGUAAUCGGGGGUAUAUUUAAGAAAAGCAGAAACUAUGAAUAUGUGAUAUUAAGUUCGUAAGACAUAGUCACCAUACAAAUCUCUUUUCAAGUGAAUUCAAUCAUCCACAUUUUAUCGCAAUUUGUUGUAGAAGAUGGAUGUAUGAAAUACCUCAUGAAUAAAGAUAACCAACAGAAAAGCUGCUUGGUACCGGAGAAUGAUAUUUAUCUGUUUUUGAGUCUGGCUGUACUGUUUCUAACCUACUUAGGAAAAAAAUUACAAGUACAAAACAUCCAUAGUUCAAAGUACACACACAUACCUGAUGUUUAGUAAAUUUGGAUGCAUAUUAGUUUUCAUACCCUAAUUUUGUUUUCGAAAUUUCCCUCACAUCUGUAUGUACGAUGAAAUGUCAUUUUCAUAUUCUAUUCAUUUAAUAUUUAGUUUCGCAAAAAUACCUUCAGGAAGCUAAUAAAUUAGCAAUGAAGCAAGUACGUAAGUUUGGAAUGUCUAAGAAUAUUGGAAACCUCAGCUUUGACGUGAGUGUACUAACUUUGAUAAAACACUUUUUCUGUUUGGUUUAUAACUUACUCUAGUUUGUACUAAGAUAUCUGUUCAUCAUUUCUAACUAAUAACAACCACGCCAAUCAGUUUGUUACUAAUUGAGCACAGACUUCAAGAUAUAAAAUGUAAACAUCUCUCAAUGUUUAGGAAAUGCCGUUUAUUCUCUCUUCCACAUCAGUGAAACGUUUGUACGUGUAUCUACAUGUGUAUGUAAAAAAAUAAUUGGUUGUCACGGAUAUGACUUUUAGGAAGCAUCUCAUUCUUAACAGAUCCCAGACACAUAAAAGUUGAAGUUCAAACGAAUCCACGUAAUUCUUUGAAUAUUUUCCAAUUCCAUUAAAUACUCAAUGAAUUAUUCAUUUAUCUGUUCCUCUCACCGUGUUCACUUAAAACGUACAUUGAAUUCUGUGUUUAUUUUUCUCCCAAGUCGUUAGUUUUGAGAGGUUUUCGAUUAUAUUUAUCGUUUAGAUUUAAUAAAUAGUUGUUUUGUCAAAGCUUUCAUCCAGUGUAAAAACUUGGUCGAUCUACUGUAAUAGCGCACCUGAAGUUAUAGCUUCUCUCCUUAAAAUUUCACAGCACAGUGCGGAUCGAACAACAAAUAGAUCUGGACAACACUAUUAAAUUCUUAUGUUACAUAAAAAAUGUUGAGAUUCCCAAUGACCUAAUGGUAAUACAUUUUUCACGUAUCUGUUUAGAAAUAGAUUUUUGGGCUUACGUGAGAUACCUUUUGUACUGACCUAUGACCUCACUAGUGUCAACGUUGCACUAAAUCUGUCCCUGUGCUGUUCAUAUACAUAAUGUUGGAUUAGGAUACUCAGAAGUAGUCACAAAAGGAAAAGGUAUCAUGUUAUCAUUUCGACCGUAUGCGCCGAUGGGUUACAGCUUCUAUGCAACCAUGUAUAAGUUUUAUAAUUAAUUAAUUAGUUUCAAGCAUUUCCAAGUACUGUAAAUCGUAUUCUCUGAUUAUGAUAAUUAGAAGUAUUCGAAUUAAUGUACGAACUAGAAAUUCCAAAAAUAGUACAAUUUAAACCAGGUAGAACUAUAUGAGUACAAAUGAACGGAUUAUAUUUGUAGUUCGUGAUCAAGUAUAAAGGAAUCAUUAGUUCGUACAAAUACCACGUCCGCCGUGGCAUGGGUGAGGAUCUAAAUUUCUAUAAUCGGUUGUCCUUGUCCUUAAGUUCAUUGUAUGUCUGUCAGACUGUGUAUUAGAUAAAGACUCUUUAUGAUCUAGAAUGCGCUCAUUAGUAUUAGAAUUUACAGCGCGAAUUGGAAUAGACUCACCUGGUUCCUGGAAUUGUAUUCGAUAUACAUGUCAUUUGUGUAUACUUAAAUCGUUGAUAUCUAGAAUUCGACUCAUAAAUUUCCCAACACUGUUCACCACGAUUCCAGUGGCUAGUCGAAGAUCAUUUCCACGAUAACAUGUAACUUCUGCAGACUCUAAACAUCUCAUAUUCGAACAAAGAAUUCUUCCUUUUAUUAGCUUUGAUGGAGUCUCUUUCGUCACAGAAUGUUUAGCAUUUCUAUAUUGCAGUAGAAAAGUAUCUACUCCCCUCUCCAGUUCAUUAAAUAUUGAGGCGCUAAAAGAGUCAAUAGCAGUUUUCAGUGUCCUGACAAAAUUUUCCGCAUGACCAUUAGAACAAGGGAGCCUGGGAGCGGUGAAUAGGUGCUUGUACCCUAUACCAUUCAAUCAGGUAGUGACUGAGUCUGCAGCGAAAUGAGAGCCAUUAUCAGCCAAUAAUACCAUGGGAACCCCUUUCCGACUAAACACUUUUAUUAAUGCUCGGAUUGUGAAGUCAGAAUUUGGUGAAGUUGUGGAAAAAACUUCAGGCCACUUUGAAAAAGAAUCAAUGACUACUAGUGCAUAGUAUUUGCCAAGAAAUGGGCCACACUUGUCUGUAUGAAUUCUCUGCCAGGCCUCAGACAAUAUUGGACAUGGAGUACACUUCGAAGGCUGACUUUUCGACUUGUGACAUUUUCCACAAUUGUUUGCCGUACGACAUAUAUCUGCAUUUAUCUCCGGCCACCAACUCCGCCUGGAGUCCCUCCGGGGGCCACUGCCGGUCCCAAGCCCGGAUAAAGGAGGAGGGUUGGGCAUGGGGUUAGCGACCCCAUCCCGUAGAAAACUAACUCGCUAAAAAAAACGCUAACCAGAAAAAAUUAUUCAAACCUUUUAAACUCUGCCCUGGGAGUCAGAAGGUCUUCAUUUAGAAGAACUAUGACGCCUCAUGAUGAAAGCCGAGUUCCUUCGGAAGUCACGAGGUCGAUGCCCCUUCUGACAACCAGAGCAACCAUUUAUCUAGGUACAUGGAAUGUUUGUACAAUGUAGGACACGGAGAGAGCCUUCCAAAUUGAUGCAGAAAUGAGGAGAUACAACCAGGAGGUGCUUGGGAUCAGUGAAACACAUUGGACGCAAGUUGAACAACAACGACUAGCUUCAGGAGAGCUUCUGUUAUACUCCGGCCAUGAAGAAGAAAAUGCCCACAUACACAAGGAGUCGCAUUGAUGCUGUCCAAACAAGCACAAAAUGCACUUAUAGGAUGGGAAUCUCAUGGACCAAGGAUCAUCAAAGCCUCCUUCAAAACAAAGAAAGAGCGCAUUUCAAUGAACAUCAUCCAAUGCUAUGCGCCUACCAACGCCUACAAUGAAGACGCUAAAGAUCAAUUCUACUAUAGGCUGCAGUCAAUCAUCGAGAAGUGCCCAACAAAGGACCUGACUAUUCUGAUGGGAGAUUUCAUUGCCAAGGUUGGAAUGGACAACACUGGAUAUGAAGACAUCAUGGGACGACAUUUGACUGGGAGAAAGGAACGAAAAUAGUGAGAGAUUUGCAAACCUAUGUGCCUUCAAUAAACUGGUCAUAGGCGGCACCAUAUUCCCACAUAAGCGCAUUCACAAAAGCACAUGGACUUCACCGGAUCACACCACGCAAAACCAAAUCGACCAUAUUUGCAUCAACAAAAAGUUCAGGAGGACGAUGGAAGACGUGCGAACCAAGAGAGGAGCUGAUAUAGCAUCAGAUCAUCACUUGCUGGUCGCCAAGAUGAAGUUGAAACUCAAGAAGCACUGGACAACGGGGCGGACAAUAUCACAAAAGUUCAAUACGGCCUUUCUUCGGGAUACUGACAAACUCAAAAAUUUCAAGAUAGUCCUCAGCAAUAAGUUCCAGGCCUUUCACGAUUUACUCAAUGGAGAAGGAACUACUAUGGAGAGCAACUGGAAGGGGCAUCAAAGAGGCAAUCACUUCAACAUGUCAUGAGGUUCUGCGCCACAAGAAGCACCAUCACAAGGAAUGGAUCACUGUCGAUACACUGGAUAAGAUUCAAGAAAGGAGGAGCAAACGGGCAGCAAUCAAUACCAGCCGAACAAGAGCAGAAAAAGCCAAGGCACAAGCUGAAUACAGAGAAGUAAACAAACAAGUGAAGAGGAGCAUCAGAACCGACAAACGUAAAUAUGUGGAAGAUUUAGCAACGACGGCGGAAAAGGCUACAAGAGAAGGAAACAUGACACAACUGUAGGACAUAACAAAGAAACUCUCUGGAAAUCACCGUAAACCAGAACGACCAGUGAAAAGCAAAAAAGGCAAGGUAAUCACCAACAUUGAAGAGCAACGAAACAGGUGGGUAGAACACUUCAAAGAACUGUUGAAUCGACCAGCCCCACUGAACCCACCCAACAUCGAAGAAGCACCCACGGACCUCCCAAUCAAUGUUGGCCCACCACCAAUUGAAGAAAUCAGCAUGGCAAUCAGACAAAUCAAGAGUGGCAAAGCGGCAGGACCAGACAACAUUCCAGCAGAGGCACUGGAAGCAGACAUACCGACAACUGCAAGGAUACUCCACAUCCUCUUCAAUAAGAUUUGGGAUGAGGAACAAGUACCAACAGACUGGAAAGAGGGACUUCUGAUCAAAAUACCGAAGAAAGGCGAUCUCAGCAACUGUGAUAACUACAGGGGCAUCACUCUUCUCUCAAUACCGGGAAAAGUCUUCAACAGGGUAUUGUUAAACAGAAUGAAGGACUCCGUCGACGCCCAACUUCGAGACCAACAGGCUGGAUUCCGUAAGUAUCGACCGCGUACAGACCAAACAGCAACUCUACGGAUCAUUGUGGGACAAUCAAUUGAAUGGAAUUCAUCACUCUACAUCAACUUCAUUGACUACGAAAAAGCAUUUGAUAGUGUGGACAGGACAACACUAUGGAAGCUUCUUCGAUACAAAGGCGUGCCUCAGAAGAUAGUCAAUAUCAUACGGAUAUCCUACGAUGGGUUAAACUGCAAAAUUUUGCAUGGAGGACAAUUGACAGACUCGUUCGAAAUAAAGACCGGUGUCAAGCAAGGUUGCUUACUCUCAUCCUUUCUCUUUCUCCUGGUGAUCGACUGGAUCAUGAAGACGUCAACAUCUGAAGGGAAACACGGGAUACAGUGGACAUCUAGGAUGCAACCGGACGAUCUAGACUUCGCAGAUGAUCUGGUCCUUCUAUCCCAAACGCAACAACAAAUGCAGGAGAAGACGAACAGUGUGGCAGCAGCCUCAGCACCAGUAGGUCUCAAUAUGCACAAAGGGAAAAGCAAGAUUCUCCGAUACAACACAGCAUGCACCAAUGCAAUCAAAAUUGACGGAGACGAUUCGGAAGAUGUAAAAACCUUUACAUAUUUGGGCAGCAUCAUUGAUGAACAGGGUGGAUCUGAUGCAGAUGUGAAGGCGCGUAUCGGCAAAGCAAGAGUAGCAUAUUUACAACUGAAGAACAUCUGGAACUCAAAGCAACUGUCAACCAACACGAAGGUCAGGAUUUUCAAUACAAAUGUCAAGACAGUUCUACUGUAUGGGGCGGAAACCUGGAGAACUACAAAAGCCAUCAUCCAAAAGAUACAAGUGUUUAUUAACAGUUGUCUACGCAAAAUACUUCGGAUCUGUUGGCCGGACACUAUUAGCAACAACCUGCUGUGGGAGAGAACAAACCAGAUCCCAGCGGAGGAAGAAAUUAAGAAGGAGCGCUGGAAGUGGAUAGGACACACAUUGAGGAAAGCACCCAACUGCGUCACAAGAUAAGCCCUCACAUGGAAUCCUGAAGGCCAAAGAAAAAGAGGAAGACCAAAGAACACAUUACGCCGGGAAAUGGAGAUAGACAUGAGAAAAAUGAAAAAGAAUUGGAUGGAAUUAGAAAAGAAGGCCCAGGACAGAGUGGGUUGGAGAAUGCUGGUCGGCGGCCUAUGCUCCAUUGGGAGUAACAGGCCUAAGUGACUAAGUAAGUAAUCUCCGGCCACCAACGUGUGAGCCUUGUCAAGGACUUAAUUUUCUUAACACCUAAAUGUCUGCUUAUAAAGAUUUUCACAGGCAGAUUAACGUAAUGAAGGAGGGAUAACAAUACGAUCAUUUAAACACAAAAUAGACAGGAAAUAUACGUUUCAGAUUAGUAUUACAACCUUUCCGCAUAGCACUGAGUAUAUAUCCAAAGCUUCCACGAGUUUCAAUAAUGAGAUCUGGACGUCUCAUCGGUAAAGGUUGCACUAACAAAUAGUCUGAGGUAUUAACAGGUCUAUCUUGUAAUGAUUGUCGAGAAAUGUAGUCAUAGGCACUCAGGGCAAUACUUCAUUGUUGAACCAUAGGAGCUGAGGAACGUGCUAAAGAUUUUUCAGGAUGAUAAAUGAACUUUAAAGCCUUAUGAUCGGUAACAAUAGUGAAUUUCUUCUCAAAUAAAUAUUUAUGAAGUCUUUUAACAGCCCAAAACACAGUUAAUACUUCUCGGUGGUUUAGUGAAUAACCUUGUUCAGCAACAGUAAGUUUGCGUGAAACACAGAUAACUGGUCUACCUUCCUGCUCCAAAACUGCACCAAUACCCACAGGUGAUGCAUCAGUAAUAAGUAUAAAAUGUACACUAGAGGAGAAAGUUCGAAGAACAGCAUCACUUUGAAGAAAAUUUAGUAGACUUUGUAAGCAUGACUCUUGUUCGUCACCCCAUUUGAAUGAAUUGGAUUUCAAAAUAUUAAAUAAACAAUUUGCGCGACAAGAAAAAUUUGUAACAAAACGGGAAUAGUAUUGAAGAGCAUCCACUAGUGAACGUAGUUCUGUAAGAUUUUUUUGGAGACGGUGCAUGUCAGUGGAGCUAGUCAUUUCAUAUCUGGUCUAAAACCAUUACCAUCAACUAGGUAUCCAAGACAUUCGAGACUAGAUACACAAAAUGAACACUUAUUUGGAUUCACUGUAAUAUUCUUCUCAAUUAAACGAUGCAAUAAAGCAAUAAGUCUCUGGUCAUGAACCACCUCAUCAGAAUCAUGAGCAAUGACAUCAUCUUGAUAAAAUCCAACAUCUUCAAGAUUACUAACUUCAUUAUACAUCAAUUCCUGAAAUGUGGUUGGAGAACAACUCAGACCAAAUGGAAGGAAGUUGUAUUUGAACAGGCCAAAAAGAGUAUUAGUUGUUGUCAAAGUAGAUGAAAAUUGAUCUAAAGGGGUUUGAAAAUAAGCAUCUUUUAAGUUAACUUUCAAGAAUACCUUAAAACCAUGAAGUCUAUUAAGAAUAUUUUCAGCUUUCACCGUUGUGCAUAUUUACUUCAACAAACGGGAGUUCAAUGUAAUCAAUAGUUACCACAUAUUAUAGGGGUACGAAUAAUUCAAUGUCCACUUCAAAGUACCACUUCUCAAAGACGAUAAGGAAUUAUUCGUAUUUUUAAGACAAACUGGAUCACUCUGUACUUGAAUUUCUAUGUGCUGAAUUCUCAUCCCUCCACUGCACCUAGCACACGCAGCUAUUAAAUCUUUAAGUAAAGCGAUAGAAUCUUCUUUAGAAACUAAUAAAAAACUCCAUUUUAAGCCUUUUCAAACCCAGUAAUGAGGGUCCUGUUUCACUAACUAAAAACUCACAAGGCAUUAUGAGGAAUUAUCAUUUCUAAUCAGCAAUUCACACAUCCUCGUAUGGGUAGUUUUUGUCCAGUAAAUCCCAAUACUAAGACUUCAGUGGGUCAUACUACAACGUUAGAAUCUAAAAUUUUCAAGUUCUUGAAUAAAAUUUUAGACUCAUUACUGCCUGUGUCAGCACUAAAGUCAUGAAAUGAACCAUGUGAUGUACAUAAUAAUGUCUUCUGAAUAUGGACAUUACCUUUCGAAAUCAUGGAUAGAGAUAAAUGAUGAUUAGAAACACUCAACUGAAUAAAAUCAGAAUUAUAGGGUUUAUCAUCACUAGUGGCAAAGUGAACAGUAGCUUUACAGACCGACAUGAUGUGUUCCAUUUUACCACACAUAAAGCAUUUGGCAUGACGAAAGACACAUGGAUUACGUAAGUGAAAUUUACAACAGGAUAAACAUCUACCAAACCUGUGCUCAUCUGCUUUGUAAUUGAAUGUUAAAUCACUUUUCAUAUUUCUAUGAGAAUGGGAACCAUUAUUAAGCAAAUGCGAGUUCGAGUGUUGCUGAGAAUGUAGUUCAUCACGAUGAUUAAGCAAAGUACUAGAAAUUUUCACUGACUACAAAUCAACCUCAUUCACUGUUUAGAUUUCUUGGGAUGAACUUUUGCGCUGCUGAAUUAAUUCCCUUCCUUAAUUCGGAAUAUUUAUACUAGCAAUCAACCGAUCACGAAACUGUUUCCAAUCGGUUUUCGAAAUUGCGCUUCGCGACCUGUUUCUACAGUUCAAGUAUAAGACCUUAACUUUCUGAUCAUUUUAUAAAACUUCGAUGUCUCUACAUUUAUAGCUAGUACACUGCACAUGACUAUGUGAUAAUUCUCUGAGUGAUUUAUACGACAAUGAAAUUAGUUUUUGUGGAGAAGUCAGAUUCUUCAGCAGGUUAUAAUCUUCUUUGCCCAAGAACGUCAGGAAUUAGGCUGUGAAUUUAUCAUCUUUAAUACGUUUUCUAGUCAUGCACCAGAUCUUGAAGCGCUAUAUGUGGUUCUCAAAGUCAUCCUUACUUAGGUUAAUAUCCAACUGUCCGAAAUUUGACUCCAUCGCGACGCCAAUAUGAUAAAUAAGUGUUCGGAUUAAUGUACUAAGAAUUCCCUAAAUAGUACACUUUAAGGCAGACAGCAUUAUAUGAGCACAAUGAACGUAUUAUAUUUGUAAUUCGUAAUUAGCGGGAAAUCAAGUACAAAGGAAUCAUCCGUUCGUACAAAUACUACAGUGAACGAGUUUUUUUAGUCAGACCCACCUCUUUUAUCCGAUACUUGGAGUUAAAUAGAUCAUAAUGAAGCCAGGCAUUUAUCAUAUGUGUUAGGCUAUCUGUUUAGAUUGUAAUUAUGGCUUAGAGUAAAUAGGACUUGUCUGACAAUUUUUCUAUUGACACCAUCGCCGUCGUAGACAGUGGAUUGAAAUUAGUAACAAAGUUAUUUAAGUCAGGUUGUCUGAAACUACAGACAAGUUUCAUGCUCCUGCACAUUUAUUAUGUAAGAUUGCUCAGUAAUCAUUUUCAUUUACAUUUUAGGAGUCAUCCAGUGGACUGUCCUCUCUGAAACCGUUCUGUCAAAAAACGGAAGCCAUCAUGGAAAUAGAAGCCAAUCAACUUUUAUCUUCAGCAUUUUCGCGUUCUGUAAAAAUGUUGGAAGAAAAUAAGGACAAUCUGUUAGCACUUGUUGAUGCUCUUUUAAAGAACGAAGUUCUCAGUUACGAUGACCUGACGAAAAUUUUAGGUGAUAACAAACGUUCAACAAAAAUUAAACCUCGUUUAUAAUGUAAUUUCGUUUAAAUUCCUUCAACUUCUUGUGUAUAUAAGCAUUGUAUCAACCCUAUUCUUAUGUAACUGUUAUUCAUUGAUUCGGAUAAUUGGUUGUAAAUAGUGGUUAUCAAACUUCACAUCUACUGAGGUAGUUCUUAAGAUAUUCCAAUAUCUUCACACUGCUUAAUCAAUUAGUCAGCAGUUAUGGCGCUUGACUUUCAGCUAGUAAGUCUCAGGCUCAAACCCCGUUCCACUAACUUGGGUUUGGGUAACCGAGUAAUUCCAAUAAUCUUUACACUGGAAUUGUGACUCGAAGCCGAGUAAGCUAACAUGUACUCGGUAAAUAAAUUGAGUGAAUGACUAGCGAAUUGUUUUUGAUAUGUUUUAGUCUAGUGUCAAAAGCUUUAGCGAUACAAGUUGGUUUUGAAAACCAUACAUGUACUCAGUCAACAGCUUUAUGUUUAUGAGAUGAUAGGAGAACAGCAUAUCCCAAGUCAGAUGUUACACGUGGUUUUUGUUUUGGAAAUUUAGGAUUACAAGCAGGGAUAUUACUGCACACUUGUUCAUUGAAUCAAUUUGUAACGUACAGUCUACCAGUUGCUGUAAUAUCACGUCGAUUGCAUUCUAAAAAAACUACAAAUUGCAAAAGAUGGAUUUGGUAAACUGCUGAAACUGGGCCAUUUUGCAGUCUAAAUCCUCUUUGUUGGAUAUGAUUCUUUGGAAGGAUUUGGCUAUCCGCUGACUACCACGUACUUACAAUCAAAUGUUUGCGGACCGAAAUCUUGUGCAGCAAACUACAAGUUUUCAAAAUUAAUGUUGCAGAAGAACCUCGCUUUAUUGAACAGAUAGUUCAGAAUUCGCCCUCUUAUGUAUAUAUUGACUAUUUGGUCGUGAACAGAGCAACAGCUGAUGAUCAUUUACAUCUCCGUACCACGAUCAUUAAGAACCAUUUUCAACAAGCCGUAUGGCCUUUCACAUCCCGGUAUUCGCGCGAUUUACGUUCGUAAGAGUUAUGUACGUGUAGCUACAUAUGAAUCGUGACGUUCCACAGCAGGCGUAGACUUAUUUGAAGUGUCAAAAAUGAAAUGAUACAGUUACUCCUACAGGCAAGUUUAUGGAACCAGAUAAUGUAUUUGAACACAUCCACAUAAGCAAGAGUCGUUACCUACAUUAGAUAGUCUCACGAAUUAAAUGACAUGUAGAGACUUAAUAUGUGGUCAUUAGCAGUACCCCUAAAAGAUAGAUCAGUCAAAGUAUUUGCGAGAACUAUUAUCUACCAUCUUUGAAGUAGUUUUUGCUAAUUACUGUGGGUAGAAGUGGACAAAGCAAAAGCCACCUCUUUUAACAGAUGAAGGAUGCAUUUAUUUUCACAUCGUUUGAUUGUAUCUUUCCGUUGAUGUUUAGAUCUUUAAUUGAACAACCACUUAUUGGCAUACGUGCUUCCUGUGCGAAUUGCCUCAAUAUUACCUUAGGUCACAAGCAUUAUAAGCAAGAAUGAAUGGUAGCUAGUAGUGGAAUCCAGGACGUAGGUCUUUUUUUAUCCGGGACUCUUCAGUUGGAUGUAUCUGCAUAUCAGAGUCGAUAUUAACUCCGCGACUGAAACUCAUUACCCUUCACUUCCAACGUUAUCGUAUUAUCCAUUUAGCUACCGAGUCCAGACAGCCACUAGCUUGUGCUAAGUGAACAAUGCGAUAGCAUUUUUGGCGAACGGUACUGGGUUGGAGUCCCGGAAUGAACAUCAAAUCUAGCAUGCAGGUACAUCUAGUUGACGAAUCCCAAACAGGAAGAAAUGCGCGUCCUGGAUUCCACUGCUAGCCACCAUCCAUCUUUGCCCAUAGCCGAAGGAUCUGUCAGGGCGUUAUCACAGUACCGAUAUGAAUUGAAAGGAGUCGCCUCUCAAACUAUAUCGGCUAGUAUUCUAAAGUUAGUUGGUUAGUAGAAUUUUGCAUAAACGCAUUGCUUCAGGUUUUCACUUCUACAACAGCAUAUCUUGUACAAACUUUACAGGACAGGAUUACAAGCAGAAAAGUAAAAUAAAUAGGAUUAUAGGGAAUUUGGAUAGUUGUAAAAGACUAUAUGGUUGGUUGUCAGGAUUUUAUGGUUUACUGUUGGUUAUUGUCUCUAUUUCGAUGUGCUCAUGUGGUGUAUGCUACUUAUGUUGACAUAAGUAGUAUAUGACACCAGUCAGAAGUGGAAUGCCUGGAGGCAGGUUGUAAAGAUAGAAUCGAAGAGAACGGGGACUGAGAGUAAUAAAGUUUGAGACAAUUAAUAGGAUAUUUUCAGAUGAAGUAUUUUGUGUAUGGUUCUUAUAUUUUACUAAGAUACUCUUUAAUUUUGUUUUAAAAUACAACUGGUUGUCCCCCAACUGUUUCCGUCCACUACGCUUAUACUAUACGCUAUAAAAAUGUUUAAAUACCAGCCUGUUAUUUUGUGUUUAUUUUUGUCAAGUAAAAUUGAUUCACAUUUUAUGGUAAUUUUAUUGUGUAUAUGAAAAAGUAGGAGUUAUUCAAGCGUCAUCUAGUACGCUUAACUUUACAGGAAUACUAGCUUAAUUUAA